GAGCGUAAUGAACGACGAAUUUCUCAACCGUAUGCAAGAAGAGAUGGAGGAGGAUCUGUUUGGGAAGCGGCGGUCACCGCAGUUACCCUCGCCGGAUCCUACUAUCCACAAAAAUGAAGGCUACAACCACAAAGCAAAAGAGAGGUCGUCGGAGGAAGAUGAGAUAAAGAUUAGGCAAAGUGCAAAUGAGAGCGGCAACAAUAGUAUUAUUGUAGCCGGAAAAACUGAAGCCAAAGGGAUAAACUUCACCAGACCUCAUGUACACGAUCCGCCAUGUAUGGAGAAAGUGAAUGAGAAGGAGGAGCUGCCGGCGGCGGCGGCUUCAGACGUCACCGAUCUGGUUGAGGACGAUGCUAAUGAUACGGCGCUGGUGGAUCAAAACAAAGGUAACAUAAGUACAUAA